GCUCGCUGUUAGUUCCUCUCAACGGGACAUGCGAUGCGCCGCAUAACCUCGCUUUUGGGUACGCUACUGCUUCACUUGGUGCAGCAUCACACCUUCUUCACCAUGACCACCGCCUUUCUCUUCCGGCGACCCCUCUUGCUUUCAAAGUCAGCGGGCACCACCAUCGUCGCAAGGAGGACGGCGGCGGGUUUUUCAAGCCGCAGUAGCAGUAGCAACAGCAGCAGCAGCAGGGUGGCGACUAAUGCUGCAGUUUCGACGAUGUUUUCCAGCCCUCUGGUCACAGCACAAGAGGUUAAGGAGGCCCUGGCCAAGUCUCCCGAUUCGAUCCGCUGCGUGGAUGCCUCCUGGCACCUCGGCGGGGACCGAAACGCCAUAGAGGAGUUCAAGGAGGGUCAUCUGCCGGGAGCGGUGUUUUUCGACAUCGAUAAAAUUGCCGACGCAGGGGUGCCCUUGCCUCACAUGAUUCCUUCCGUAGAUGUAUUCUCCACGAAGGCGUCGGAGUUGGGCUUGUCGAGCAACGACACGAUCGUGGUCUACACCAAGAAGGGCUCCUUCAGUGCCCCUCGCUGUUGGUGGACAUUCCGGGCCUUCGGGCACGAGAGGGUGCACGUGCUCAACGGCGGGUUCCCCGCGUGGGAAUCAGCUGGCGGGAGCGUGGAGCGAGGCGAGGUGACACCAGUGAGCACGCGGCCGUCUUCCGGCCUGGUCCAAACGUCCGGCAACGCGUGGAUGUUGAGGUCCAAGGGCUUCCAGGGACGACUGAACGCGGCCAUGCUACGAACCUGGCGACAGGUUCUCAGUCAGAGCGAGAAGGGCAAAGAGGCGGCCGGGCAAGUGGUAGACGCUCGAUCCCUCGCGAGGUUCAAGGCUGAGGCGCCAGAGCCAAGGGCUGGGGUUGCAGGGGGCCACGUCCCUGGGUCGGCGUGCCUGCCAUUCACCAAGGUUUUGGCGGAUGGAGACGUUAACAGCUUUCGAUCUCCCGAAGAGAUCCGGAAGGCUUUCGAAGACGCGGGCGUUGACGUCGACUCUCCCCUCCCCAUCACCACGACGUGCGGAUCUGGUGUUACCGCGGCGGUGCUCACAUUAGCCCUCGAGCUUGCGGGGAGAAAGGCGGAACUUUCCCCUGUUUACGACGGGUCAUGGUCGGAGUGGGGUUCGCGUGCCGAUCUCCCAAAGUCCGUCGGUGCUGAUCCAUGAUCAUGUUGUUGCUUCAGUCAUGGUACUGCUGCGACGUCUACGGCUUGGAUGAGCCAAGGACCGCAACUGCUGGUUGUACUCUGUUGUUUGGAGAGAACGAAAAGGGGGGUGCGCUGCCGAUCGACAGCUAUUACGUGGACCACGUGUUGGAACUUGGAAUUGAGCCCUCUCCGAGCCGUCGGUUCUCUCUUGGUCGGCGUGUCCAGUGUCUUUUGCCGUAAUGAUGUACCCCAUGUAUCUUUUUUGGUGUUGUGCAGCAGUACUGCAUUGCUCGUUGCGGCUUGUAUUGUUGUUCGUCUUGAAGUUCGAUGGUACACUGUGUAUCCGGUGGCGCUGUGCGCCUGAAAUUUGUUUGCUCGAACAUGUAUCGGCUUUUGACCAUCCCGUGCUCGGUGAAGAACACGCGUCGAUGUCAGUCAUCUGCUGCCACGCGAAGAACCAAACAGAACGGAAAAUAUGAUCACGACUAAGGAUUGUGGGAACAUUUUCUCGACGU